AAGGAAUGGAUACACUUACCAAAGAAGACCUUAAUGAUGACAAUAAUAAUAUGGAAAGUAAUGAAAAAGAAUCAGAAGAGAUAGAAGAAGUUGAUAUUUUACUCAGAUUAAUAACAGAAAUGAAUCAAAUAGAGCAUUGGUAA